GUUAGAUUUUUAACUAUAAGAUAUCAUAGCGAAGAAAAGGCAGGAUUUAUCACCCCGAAAUAUCUACGGUGAAGAGUUGCCAAGAUUGGGAGGCUAUCUGUAGAUUAUCACCAUCAUCAUGCGGGCUGUAGCAGCAAGUCGAAAGCUGGGAAAGAGAAACGAUAACUCAAGUUCUGAUAAGUCUGGGAGUAACGGAGGCACAGCAUUGUCUGGUGCUCGGCAGAGGUCGAAUAAUAGAAAUUAUCAGAAAAAAUCAGUAUACAAUUCUACGGUUUUGUACGCACCAGUAUCAACAACUUCUCCCGAUGUUCCUACUUGUACGUUUGAUCCAAACGAAAUAGAGAAUCAAAACACUUCUAUGAUCACAGAUAAAAAUAUGGCACCUCCAGGAUCGAACACGAACAAGGUUUCUCCAACAACGGAUAAAAGCGUUACUACGCCAGCAAGUACGCGUUCGUACGACUUUGAAAAACACGUCGGGUCGCCAUCAUCGACUUCAGUAUGCAACGGUCCAAAGAAAAAUAUAAAAGACACCAUGACUCGGACAGUCUCGAAUCUGAGUCGGGCACCAAGUAGUGUUGCCACAACGAAUAUUGGGGCUGCUAGCAAAAUUGAGAGCAAGGCCGGGGUGAGAAAUGCGGCCCCAGAAAAAAGGUAUUACGCAAAAGCAAUUGGGUUAAUGUCUGUGGGAGGAUUCAUAUUUGCAGUGGGUAUUGCUUUAGCUGCUCUGCACUUUGCUGGAUACGAAAUUCUCAUGAUGGCUGGGCCUGUUUCUUUGUCUAUUGGGCUUUUACUACUUGUUUGUGGUAUUGUGUGGAUUCCAAUUAUACAAACAAAACUGAAGCGUCAACAGCAAAUCAUGAGUAGAACCUUCAGCCUGUGAUCUGAACCAUUCUCAAAUUAAAAAAUAAAUAAAGUUCUUACAAGAAAGACAGCGACGGGGCCGAGGUGAGGUUAGUUAGCUACAUGUUCUGACACGCGUGUACGAACUUGGAGAGAAAUAUAUAUUAUUUAUGGGAUAAAAGGAAACGCAGGAAAGCUGAACUUCUCGAUAGUAUAAUUAUCAGACCAUAACAAAUUGGUCUUCUUUCAUGUAUUUUUUUACAAUUCCUGACGAUAUGAAAAAAAUGACAGCGCUUGUCUUGUAAAACACGGAAUAUUGUCAUUUUGUUCAAAACUAUAGUUUUUUGUCUCUUAGAUGAAUACUCUGUUUGAUACCGAGUAUAAUUCCAAUAUGGCACUUGAAUGAGUUUUAUUUGAAAACAAUUCACUACUUAUAGACAGAUCCCGUUCGAUGUACUAAAAACGGUUUUUCUCUGUUCAAAAUAUAGUAUUUUCGUUUUUGCAAUAUAUUUGACCAAUAUUUAUUUAUUUUCUUGCGCACUGAAAAUUUAAUAUAUAUUACAGUACAGUACAGAGUUAUUUUAUACUCAUGUUUCAGUAUGAAAUCGAACUGUAGAGUAUGGAAUUUUUGUAUAAGGACUACAAGUAAAUCCUCAUUUGCUUGUUGUCAGCGCGACGAUAGAUUGUUCUGGUGUAUGAUAAACCUCAAAGUCAUGUAAAAUAUUAAACUUUAUCACUAUAUAUAACAAAAGUUUACCACUUCUUUCCCCGUCUAUGAGCGAAAUGCAUUAAGACAUUAUCAUUCGGAACAGCAAAUUUUAAAUUCCACGUAGAUUCUUCAAUAACAACAAUUCGAAGAUGUGAAUAAAUUUGUUUUUGCCUGUCUUUUGAGAAUAUAUAACAAUUUAAUUUAAUAAGUAUACAUAUAUAAUAUAUGUGCCUGCUUUUAAGUAGUAGACAUACCCCUUUAUUUAUGGAUAUAUUAUAUAUGAUACGACCAAAACCAAGCUACAAUUUCAUUGUUACAUUUUACAUAUUAUAAAUAUUUAAAUAUAAAACAACUGAAUGGAAAUGUUUAUGCUAUUAAGGAUGUGUAACAAAUCAUUAGAUUAUCUCACUGCAAAAUCGAGCUAAGUCUAAAAGACUAGGAUAUAUUAUAAUCGAAGAAUUAGAUUCUUGCGUGUUUGAAUAUUAAGAUUCGACUCGGAAAAAUGUUCGGAGGAGACACCCUCAACAGUGUCAUAUCAGUUGUGCUAUAACUCACAUACUACAGUAUUAUCCAGUGCAGACUAUAAUCAAGACAGACUGCACUGUAUGGUUUUUUAUAUAUAAAUAAAAGCAUAAAAUGUCAAGUCAG